CCUUAUCAUUCACCACUCACUCCACUCGCUCAGAGAUCACGGCUUCCUUCCGAACGGAUUGAGAAACGGCUUCUUUCUUCUUCGUCGUCGUCUUCACUCUUCAACGCUCCGAUUCCUGAUUUUCAGUCUUCUUCUUCGUCUAUUGGACUGAACGAACCCGCUUCUUCGUCUUCUUCUACAUUUUAGUUCGCUCCUCCCUCCCGAUUAUUGUUCUCCUCCUUAUAUUUGUUUUUGAGCUCACGGCCUCAGCUCACUCUGCUCGCGCUGCCGUCGCCGCCGUUCCCGUUCCAGAUUGCGAUUUCUCCUUUUCGUGCUCCGCCGUUUCGAGCCCACCGAAGAUUUGAAGGUCACCAUUUCCUUCUAGUGCGGCAAUCUGACUGGUCAGAGUCAUGUUUUUAUCAAGAGCAUUCGGAAGGACACUAUUAGCUGCUGCUAGAUCAGAAACUUCUGCCUCCUCCGCUGCAGCUGCUAAUGCUGCCAGGGAAGGAUAUAACCCUCUUCAGGAGUUCUUUGAGGCAGAUAGGAGCCCAGAUGAUGACAAGCCUGUUGUCUAUGGUCGGAGUUGGAAGGCCUCUGAGCUGCGUCUCAAGUCCUGGGAUGACCUUCACAAACUGUGGUUUGUGUUGUUGAAGGAGAAAAACAUGUUGAUGACUCAACGUCAGAUGCUUCAUGCACAAAAUCUACGCUUUCCUAACCCAGAGCGUGUCCCUAAGGUGAGAAAGUCAAUGUGCCGCAUCAAGCAGGUACUUACAGAGAGAGCAAUUGAUGAGCCGGACCCCAGGAGGUCUGCUGAGAUGAAGAGGAUGAUAAAUGCCCUUUGAUGACUUUAUCUGCUCUUUGAGGUCUGUUGAUGCACUAUAAUGUUGCUUUCAAGGUCGCAAGAUUGCUUACUCAAGGGGGUUUAUUUGUCUAGAAAACACUGUUUAGAGGGCUUCUGCUGGCCUGUUUAUGGUUUUAUGUUUGCUUUACCUUGUCUUGAGGUGAGGGGUUAUUAUUUACGAGGCAGAUAAUGACUUGUAACUUGCCCUGCCCAAACGGUGUUCCAAACAACGUUCUAGGAAGGCAUCCUCUUUUUUGGUCCCCCAUUACCUGAUGGAGGAAACGGGAAUAAGUUAAUAGCAUGAGUUUCUUGUAUCUCAUUACGUCAUCUUUGGAAUAAAAAACUGAAAACUAUAUGAAGAUUAAAAGUUUGGAAAUG